AUGCCAACUCAACUAACAGAAUGUCUGUCAUGUCCACGAUGUUUAAAAGUGUUCAAUGCCAAAGAUCAGAAGCCAAUAAGUUUAGGCUGUGGACACACUGUGUGUCAGAAAUGCUUGAUAAACUUAUUGAAUAAAAAAUGUCCGAAUUGUCAGUCAGAGCAGAGUAUUAUAACAAAAUCAGUAGAACAGUUACCUGUGAAUUAUGCCUUAUUACAACUAGUUGGUAUAGCUAUUCCUGAUAAAGAAAGACCAGAUACUACUCAGAUGACUGAAAAUAAAUCAUUAUAUGAAUCAUGUAAAAGAUAUAUAGAAGAGUUGGCAGUUCAUAUGAAGUCUAUAUCAGGUGAUGCUAAAUACGAACAUGGAUCCACCAAUUCUAUUUUGAGUCGACCUAUGCAGCGAAAAUUGGUUACAUUAAUCAAUAGUCAGCUGGUAGAGGAAGAAGGACGAGCUAGAGCUAUGAGAGCAGCCAGAUCAUUAGGAGAGAGGGCCGUAGCUGAAUUGAUUCUACAACAUCAAAAUCCUCAACAGUUAUCAGCCAAUUUAUGGGCUGCUGUACGAGCCAGAGGUUGUCAAUUUUUAGGACCAGCCAUGCAAGAAGAAGUUCUUAAGUUGAUAUUACUAGCAUUAGUUGAUGGUUCUGCUUUAUGUAGAAAAGUUUUAGUAUUAUUUGUGGUUCAGAAGCUAGAAGCUACUUUUCCUCAAGCCUCUAAAACAGCUAUUGGGCAUGUUGUCCAACUUCUUUAUAGAGCCUCCUGUUUUAAGGUGACGAAGAAAGAAGAAGAAUCAUCAUUAAUGCAGUUAAAAGAAGAAUUUAGAACCUAUGAAUCAUUGAGAAGAGAACAUGACUCUCAGGUAGUACAGAUAGCUAUGGAAGGUGGUCUACGUAUCUCUCCUGAACAAUGGUCUUCACUAUUAUAUGGUGAUUCAAAUCAUAAAUCUCAUAUGCAGUCUAUCAUUGAUAAGUUGCAGACAUCAGAGUCAUUUACUCAGAGUGUAAAUGAAUUGAUGGUGGUAUUACAGAAGACUGGUGAUCCUGCUCAAUUACAAUCAUUAAAACCACAUUUACAAUUCUUAGCUAUGAUUGAUCCAAGCCAAGAUAAACAAGUACCAUCAUGGCAGAAUUUAGAAGCAAUACUAAAAACUUUAAAGAUAGUAAUUGAUGGAUUGAUAACUUAUUUAAAUGAUUACAGUCAUAAGAAAUCUGACGUAUUACCCGUUCAGAAUGCUCGGUAUAAAACUAGUAUGUGUCGUGAUUUUACCACCACCAGAUCAUGUCCCAGGGGAAUCAACUGUUCUUUUGCUCAUUCAGAAGAAGAGCUAGAAAGGUAUGGUUUAUUCAUUACUUUAAAUUAUUUAAGCUUCUAG